GUUACGUUGACGCAAAAUCCAUUAUGGACGACGACGACGAGGCUACCUUUGGCACGCAUCUCGCCCAGCUCAUCGAGAUGUUCCCAGCCGAGGACGCGUGCGUCGUCGGUGACGCGCUCGUCCAGGCCAAGAGUCUCGACGGCGCCAUUGACCGCCUCCUCUCGCGCCAACCCAGCAGCGUCAAGAAGCGCAAGCGGACGACCGAUAUCCGCGAGCUCUUUGGUGCGCCACCGCCCGACAUUCGCCUCAAGAACGUAGCGCCGCCUUCGACGUCGGGACCGAUCGCGCAGCUCCAGCACUGGGAUCCCGCCAAGGAGGCGCAGCGCCCGAUCACACUCACGCCGGCCACGUUGGCGGCGGCGGGCUUGCCGCUGGCACUGACUACCAGCUUCUUGCCACCCGACCAAGCCAACGCGCUGCUACACGAGAUGCUGGCGGACGCAGCUACCUGGCACACGAUCAAAUGGGUCAUCUUUGAGCGAGAGGUGCUCUCACCGCACGUCUCGCGGCUCUACAAGCUCGACGCAACCGUGCCCGGCACGACCAUGUACAGCGAUCAAGUCGAGUCGUCACCGUUUUCGCCGCGUCUCUUGGCUGCCAAGACGAGCGUGGACGCAGCGGUCAACAACCUGCUCGCGACGAGGCCGCGUCAUGCGCUCGAGGCGGCGCAUGAUUGGGCAGCCAACGUGGCGCUCGCCAACUGCUACAAGUCGCACGACCAGAGCGUCGGCGCGCACUCGGACGCACUCACGGACCUCGGGCCACGACCGACGAUCGCGUCGCUGACGCUUGGCGCCGAGCGCGUCUUUCGCAUCAAACGCCUUCCGACCGAGCACACGCCGGCGCAAACGUUCAAUCUCACGCUGCCCCACAACUCGCUCUUGAUCAUGUUGCCUCCGUUUCAAGAGCUGUACCGACACGAGGUGCCGCCGGUGCGGCCACACCAAGUCAAGUGGCACGCCGACGCCCACGACGCGCGCAUCAACUUGACCUUUCGCAUGCUUCGGUCUCUCUACAUGACGGACUCGCCGCUCUGCCACUGCAAGAAGCGCGCCGUCUUGCGCACCGUGAACAAGCCAUCCAAGGCUCGUCACGGCGAGUAUUUUUACAUUUGCGCGGGCACUGUGCCGGCAUCCUGUGCGUUCUUUCUGUGGCUCAAGGACCGCGUGUUUCCCGAGCCGCUGGGUGCCAAGACAACGCAGCCAUAGCGUAUCAACGUGUUGAUACGGCACUGUUACUUGUCUGCAAAGAU